GCUUUAUCCGUCUCUGCUCUCAGUAUCCCAAAAACAAUGGCGAAGAAGACAUUUCGCUGAAAGCUUUCUCCUCAGUGUGUCAAUGGCUUUGGUUCCGCUUAAUUUUACUGAAAUGCCACUGAGAAGCUCUCUUCCUUUGACCUCGACCUCUCGCUACUGUUCGUCUCCUUCGCUCCACGCAUUGCUCUUCUAUUCCUUGGGUGUGAAACCCUCGCGUCAUCAAAUCGUUAGGCCAUUCUCUUCGCUCCGUACGAGUGAGCGUAGCAACAACAACAGGAGCCAUAACAACCGUCGAAUUGAUAAUCGGAAUCAUAAACCUAGUCCUCCUUGGAUCGAUAAGUGGCCUCCCUCAUCCUCCGAAGCUCGCGGUGAUCAUGUCGGCGAAAAACACGGCGGAGCUAAGAUUCGGUCGGCGGAGGAGGAAGCUGAAGCGAAGCUUCGGUAUCUGGAGCGGGGUAAAGGACAAAACGCGAUUGAUAGGAUUGUUCUUCGGCUAAGGAAUUUAGGAUUAGGUUCGGAUGAUGAGGAGGAUGUGGAAGAUGACGAGGGAGGUGGAAUUAACGGCGGUGAUGUGAAGCCGGUGACUGGAGAAGAGAGAUUGGGGGAUUUGUUGAAGAGAGAGUGGGUGAGGCCUGAUAUGAUGCUUGCUGAGGGAGAAGAGAGUGAGGAAGAGGAUGAGGUGUUAUUGCCAUGGGAGAAGAAUGAGGAAGAACAAGCGGCGGAGAGAGUUAAAGGAGAAGGAGGAGCGGCGGUGAUGAUGAAGAGGAGAGCUAGAGCUCCAUCACUGGCGGAGCUUACGGUUGAGGAUUCUGAGUUACGUCGGCUGAGGAGGGAUGGAAUGUAUUUGAGGGUAAGGAUUAAUAUACCAAAAGCUGGGCUAACGCAGGCUGUGAUGGAGAAGAUUCAUGAUACGUGGAGGAAAGAAGAACUUGUGAGGCUCAAGUUCCACGAAGUGCUUGCUCGUGACAUGAAGACGGCCCAUGAGAUUGUUGAGCGUCGAACUGGUGGAAUGGUGAUAUGGAGAGCCGGAAGUGUAAUGGUGGUUUACCGUGGACUUGACUAUCAAGGACCUUCUGUGAUCUCUAAUCGAGUGGCCGUACCUAAAGAGACUCUUUUUGUCCCUGAUGUAUCGUCUGCUGGCGAUGAAGCAACAAAUGCCAAAGAUAACCAAAGUCCACCUUUGGUAAUCAGAGACCCGAUCAUCAAGAACCCUAUUCGCAAGGAGAAUAUGACAGAAGAAGAAAUCGAAUUUAACAAUCUAUUAGACAGCUUAGGCACACGUUUUCAAGAAUGGUGGGGUACUGGGGUGCUACCUGUGGACGCUGACUUACUACCUCCUACAAUUCCUGGUUAUAAAACACCUUUCAGGCUUCUUCCUACUGGGAUGAGAUCAAAUUUGACCAAUGCUGAAAUGACAAAUCUCAGGAAGAUUGGUAAAACUCUCCCAUGCCAUUUUGCUCUUGGCAGGAACAGAAAUCACCAAGGAUUGGCAGCUGCGAUACUCCAGAUCUGGGAGAAAAGUCUGAUUGCAAAGAUCGCUGUGAAGCGAGGUAUCCAGAAUACAAAUAACAAACUGAUGGCGGAUGAGCUGAAGGCAUUGACAGGAGGUGUCUUGCUGCUCAGAAAUAAGUAUUACAUUGUAAUAUACCGUGGGAAAGACUUCCUUCCUUCAAGUGUUGCAGCUACUUUGGCAGAAAGACAAGAAUUAACUAAAGAGAUUCAAGAUGUCGAAGAGAGGGUAAGAACUCGCGACAUUGAGGCUAUUCAGCCUGUUGGUGACAUGGUACCGGCAGAAAGACAAGAAUUAACAAAAGAGAUUCAAGAUGUCGAAGAGAGGGUAAGAACUCGCGACAUUGAGGCUAUUCAGCCUGUUGGUGACAUAGUUUUGGCAGAAAGACAAGAAUUAACAGAAGAGAUUCAAGAUGUCGAAGAGAGGGUAAGAACUCGCGACAUUGAGGCUGUUCAGCCUGUUGGUGACAAAGUACCAGCAGAAGCUGGCACUCUGGCCGAGUUUUAUGAGGCUCAAGCCCGAUGGGGGAAAGAAGUAACUCCAGACCAUCGAGAAAAGAUGAUUGAAGAGGCUUCAAGGGUGGCAAAUACGAGAGUUGUUAAGAGAAUCCAGCACAAACUAAACCUUGCCCAAUCGAAAUUUCAACGAGCAGAGAAACUGUUGUCCAAAAUAGAAGCCUCUAUGAUUCCAAAUGGACCUGAUUAUGAUCAAGAGGUCAUCUCCGAGGAAGAAAGAGCUAUGUUCCGAAAAGUGGGGUUGAAAAUGAAGGCAUACUUACCCUUAGGUAUCCGUGGUGUUUUCGAUGGAGUCAUCGAGAAUAUGCAUCUGCACUGGAAGCACAGAGAAUUGGUGAAGCUUAUAUCAAAACAGAAGGUCCUUGCAUUUGUUGAGGACACGGCUCGGUUACUGGAAUACGAGAGCGGUGGAGUUCUUGUGGCAAUAGAAAAGGUUCCUAAAGGAUUUGCUCUUAUCUAUUACCGUGGGAAGAAUUACAGGAGACCCAUUAGCUUGAGACCAAGAAAUCUUCUGACAAAAGCAAAAGCAUUGAAACGAUCCAUCGCAAUGCAACGCCAUGAGGCCCUUAGUCAGCAUAUCUCUGAACUGGAGAGAACAAUAGAGCAAAUGCAAAGCGAACUUACCGCAAAGAACCCGUCAUACAAUGAAUCAGAAUGGGAGAACGAUGAAGAUGAUGAUGAUGAUGACGAGGAUGAGAAAGAUGAUGUGGAGGAUAAUGAGAGUGAUUGGGAUGAAAGUGACGGCGAAUCUGCUAUUUCUAGUAUUGAAGAAGCUGAUAAUUCAUCUCGCUAAGCUGAAAGUGUUUUGACACAUGCGUUGUCCUAUCUCAGGAGGUUGAAGCUGACGAUGAGAUAUCACAGAAAUGGUUCUUUACACUGACUGGAAAAGAAAAAAAACAAGUGCCGAUUCAUUGUCGACGUGUAUAAGGUAAAGUCUCUUGUUGCAGAGAUCACAAAAUCUUCGGAGUUCAAAAAGCAGAACCUGUCAGUCUUUCAGCCUAGGCCGUGGGGAAAAAAGUAGCAUCUAUAUACAGUUUUUGUUUCAAAUACAUUUUAAGUUUUGCCAGUGUAUCAUCAUUAUAUCAAAAAAACUAUUGUAAUUUAAUCAAAUGUAUAUCAGGAAGGUAGUGCCCAUGUCUUAA